UGCAAGCACCUCGUGACUCCCCGACGAGGAGCGUAUAUAGGAGCAACGCGUAGGGCGCUCUACCCCUCAGCGAACAGCUGAACCCAACAUCAGAUCUCAAGUUCUCAACAUGCGUUUCUCUGCCGCCGGUGCUCUUGCUGCGACCUUCGCGCUCUUGUCCUGCGCUCAGGCCAUCGACCUCCGUGAACUGUACACAUUCCCGGGAGGCAACGGUUUGACGUUCUGCAAGGCUUGGAAGUGUGCAUGCAUUAACUACACGCCAUCCGACUCGACCCUGUCCUUUCAGGCUGCGUACUGCCAUCCCGGCGACUACCAAGGGAAGAACAACAACACAGAAGCUCUUGCUUACUGCUCGUUCACUGCUGGCACAGCGCCGGUAGCCUUCAGCGACACGAUCGCGUCGGAGCUUGGUGCUACCCCGACCACCUCCUAAAAGCACAUGGACAAUUGAUGAUGAUUCACGGACAUACGGACUACAUACGCAUACUACGCAUGCACCUAUCGAUAAUUGAAUUGGGAUACGAAGCUCUGGAUAUAUGCCACAAGAAGAUCAGUCUGAAUUCCAUCAUC